AUGCUCUUCAAUACACUCGCUCUCGUCUCGUUCAUCGUCGGAGUUCAAGGUAUCGGUCGUGCAAUCGUCACAAAUCAGUGCGAUGAGCCGAUCUACCUAUGGUCUGUUGGCAGUAGCGUCGGUCCGCAGAAGACGCUCACGAAGGAUACAUCAUACAGCGAAGUUUUCCAAAAGGAUCCCGUAUCCGGUGGUGUUGCCCUCAAGAUCACAAACACAGAGGGCGGCCUCUUCAAACCGAACGUCAGCCAGAUAAUCUUCGCUUACAACCUCGACGCAAAUCAGGUCUGGUACGACAUGAGCGAGCUUUUCGGUAAUGGGUUCUCGGGACGCACUGUGAAGGUUACGCCUACGGACCCGAGUUGUGAAACUAUUAAUUGGGCUUCGGGCAGCUCGCCGGCUGGAAGUUCAGUCAAAACCUGCCAGGCGGACACGGAUCUGGAGCUGACGUUCUGCACGAAUCACUGCCUGCCGAGUUGGUAUCCGUGUGGGAAUAACGCGCCAAAUGAUACAAGGAGCUGCUGCACGCAUUGCAUAGGAAGUCACCAUUGUGUUGCGCCUCCAAUCUUAUAA